AUGCCUUCCCUCGAGGAAAGGGAGCGAAUCCGGGCUUUAGCCCGGCCUCGGACUCGAGCAGAGAUUGACGAGAUCAACCGGACCUUGCGGCUGUCCCUCCCGCCCACCGUCCGUAUCCCCAUUGCCUCGGGCUUGUCAUUUCUGGUGGGACUCAGCUUGGGAACGACACAGGGCAGCAUGAUGGCCGGCCUCCGAUUCCGCGCCGAGCAUGCGCAUAAGCUGCCGACAUCAUCGCCAGGGUGGUAUCUUUAUCACAAGAGCAAAAACUACCAUGUCGCUGCGGGGGGUCUUCGCGAGGGCCUCCGAAUGGGAGCCAAGAUAUCUUUCUGGACGACGGCCAUGGUUGCAAUUGAAAGCAUGUUCGAUACCUACCGCGAGACCGCCGAUCUCUUUAACACAGUGACGGCUUGCGUUACUGUCGCUGGAGGCUUCAGUCUUUGGAAUCGUUUCUCGUUGCCAAUGGCUGCCCGAACUACAAAGACUGCCCUGGUGGUCGGAUUCAUCUAUGGGGGGAUGCAGGACUUUGCUGGAGUGGCUAGGGGUCGGCCGAUUGGAUACGUCGACACACUCAAACGCACAUUAGGACACCGGUCGAAAGAAUCGAGCGAGAACAUGUCAGGGCGGACGGCUUGA